AUGGCUUCAAUCCUCACGGCCAUUGGCCUCCGUGCCAGCGAUACCCUCAAUACAUCUAUACCCAAUUAUGGCCCCUCCUUCGUUGGAUUCCACUUCAUAUACGCUUACGGUGUUCUUUCUUCGCGUACCCUCAAGCAAUGGUACGGUGUCGACCAUCAAGCAUCACCACGCGAGGAUCUCGCCAAAUAUGGUGAAGCAGCUGUUCGAGAUGGCAAAUUGACACGCAAACAACUUGGCAUGCUCAAACGCAAUGAAGCGGCGCAUGCCAACUCGGUUGAGAACUUUACUCUUCUCGUUGCGAGCAUUCUAUUUGCAUCACAUGCGGGUGUUCCUACCCAGACUAUCAAUGUUGCGGGAUUGUCUUACACACUUGCGAGGCUUUGUUAUGGAGCUGUCUAUAUUCUCAUUGAUCAUCCCACCUGGAGUCAAUUACGCGGUUUAGUUUGGUGGUGGGGAAAUGCAAGCUGUCUCUAUCUUUUGUGGCAGGCUGGGAAGAAUCUUGCUUCCUAA